AUGCCCCCUGGAAGGCUACUCCGUUCUCAGACUAGGACCUGCCGUGCACGAAUCGCGCGUGGAAAUUAAGUGUAAAUAACUGCAUUUCGGGAUUGAGCAGUUGGAACACCCGGCAGCAUGCGGAGUCUACGUUCGCCGCAGCCCAUCCUGUCUUUCCCCCAGCCUGCAUCCUGUGCCUUGUAGCCCUCGGCGUUUGAUCCCUGCUCAGUUUCUGAUACCUGAGCGGACCUGUCAGGGGCAGGCGUUCGCCUUCCUGGUUAGAUGCCACAUCCCAUAGAGACCCAGACGUUCUGCUUGAGAUCAAGUUGGAGACAGACCUUGCACUUCCGUGAGGAGCAGCCCUGACCACGUGACAUCCGCGGACGCGUGUUUUGGAGGAGGCCUCAUGGCUUUGCGAGCCUCGGGGAGUGGCUGCAGGCUCCUGAGGGCUGGCAGAGGCGGGGCUUUCCCCCUGUGUCCCCGGGGCCACUGCGCGGGCAGCUCUCUGGACCCAGCGCUGAAAGCUUUUCUGGAGGAGAACACCGAAGUCACCAGCCGUGGCAGCCUCACUCCCGAAAUCCAGCUGCGACUUCUGACUCCCAGAUGCAAGUUCUGGUGGGAAAAGGCUGGCCGGUGGCCGCACAGGGAACCCUACUGGGCAGUCUACUGGCCCGGAGGCCAGGCCCUGUCCAGGUAUAUUUUGGAUAAUCCUGAUGUUGUCAGAGGAAAAUCCAUAUUAGAUCUUGGGAGUGGAUGUGGAGCUACAGCUAUUGCUGCAAAGAUGAGUGGAGCAUCAAGGAUUCUGGCCAAUGACAUAGACCCUGUUGCAGGAGUGGCCAUUACACUGAAUUGUGAAUUGAACCAACUGGAUCCUGUUCCCAUUUUAACCCAAGACAUUUUGAAUUUGGAACGAGGUCGGUGGGACCUGGUUGUACUUGGAGACAUGUUCUAUGAUGCAGACCUCGCAGACCGUCUCCACCAGUGGCUCAAGGACUGCUGCUGGACCCACAGAACCCGCGUGCUGAUUGGUGACCCUGGGCGGCCCCAGUUCAGCGUCCACAGCAUUCAGCAUCAGCUGCAUAAGGUGGUGGACUAUCCCCUGACAGAAUCUACCAGGCAGGACAACAAUGGACUAACCACAAGCUCGGUGUGGGAUUUCCAGCCUUAACUUGUCAAAGUGCUUCCAAGUACAAACAUAGUUAUUUUUGGAUUUAUCCCUGACUGCUUUCCCCACAGGAGACAUUCUCCAGCUUAAAGAACAUAAAUCUUUAAGUCUUAUUAAAUGGCACGUGUUGAUUCCAAAGUAUGAAGGCUUAAAGUGUUGUCAGCCUUUGUCAAGGGACUUGUUCUGCAUUUCUGUGCAUGCUAGGUGCACCUUUCUCUGUGCAUAAUUUUCUUUUUUGGUUUUACUAUUGUAGGAAUAUGAUUAUGGGUAGUAGUGGGUAAUUUAAUGAGUGAAGGGGAAUUAGAUACUGUAGCAGAAUCUACAGUUUGAAAGGCAGAGUGACACAGAGAGACAUGUUAUCCACAGGUUCACUCCCCAAGUGGCUACAACCGCUGGGGCUGGGCUGUCAAAGCCAGAAGCCAAGAACUCCAUCUAGGUUUCCCACAUGGGUGGCCCAAACUCAAGAAUCAGAGGCGGCAUCCACUGCUUUCAGGUACAUUAGCAGAAAGCUGGACUGGAAGCAGAAUAGCAGGGACUUUAGCUGCCACUCUGAUAUGGGAUGUGGGCAUCCUAAGAGACUAGGCUUAACCUGCUGUACUACAACACCCACUCCAGAAUACCAUAUUUUAAAAAGUUAUUGGUAAAGAUCAACAAUGCAGUUAGUAUAGAGUACAUGAGUGUAUUAGUCAAGUUUUUGUUUGCUUAACUAAAAUACUUGGGAGGAGCUUCUUGGCAGGGAAAAGGUUUAUUCUGGCUUGGCAGUUCAAGGUUUGAAGUCCAAGAUCAGGUGGCUCCUGAGUCUGACAUCUAGUGGGAGCUGGUCAUGGCAGGUUGGUGUGGAGGUGAGCCAGGCAGCAAGGAGAAACCAGGAACAUGCUUGGCUUUUAUCUCCAACAGGUGUGGCAUGGGCCAAAGUACUUGAGCCAUCUACUGCAUCUGUCCCAGGUGCAUUAGCAGGGAGCUGGAUUGGAAGCAGUGCAGCUGGGACUUGAACUGGUGCUCUGAUGUGGGAUGCUAGUGUUGCAGGUGGCAGCUUAACCUGCCACACCACAAUGCCAGCCCAGGACCAAUCCUCUCUCAAACACUACCUUCUGAGGUACAUCCUCAGUGUUAUAAAAACAUUUCAACAUUUCACUAGGCCCACUUCCUAGACACCAUAAUUAGAUCACUUCUCCACCCUUAAUCCAUCAAAGAUUAACAUAAGACUUUAGGGGGUGGGCAUCACAGGGUUACGCUGCCACUUGGGAUGCCCAUAUCCCAUACUGGAGUGCUGGUGUGAGUCCCAGCUGCUCUGCUUCUGAUCCAGCUUCCUGCUAAUACACCCUGGGAGCACACGAUGGCUCAAGUGCUUGCACCCACAAGGGAGACCCAGGGUUUUGGUCUGGCUCGCUCUGCUGCUGUUGGCAUCUGGAUAGUGAACCAGCAGAUGGAAUAUUGUCCUUUGUCUCUGCUGCUCUGCCUCUAAAGUAGAUGAAAAUAAAAGUAACCAUUAAAAACAAA